UAAACCUUACGCGAGAGAGAGAGAGAGAGAGAGAGAGAGCGAGCAGGUUGUGGAUUUGGGGUUGGGGGUGGCGGUGGCGGUGGUGGUGGUGGUGGUGGUGGAGUGCGGCGGCGGGGAUAGCCGCGCAUGCAGGUGACGAUCAAGGGAAGGGUGCGGCAGCCGUAGGUGUGGUUGCCGGCUUGCGGCGGUGGAAGAGGGGGACGGGUCCGGCAGUACGCUGCUAGAAGAAGGGUACAUCCGUACAGAAGGGGAAGCAGUAAUGGAGCAAGGGAGAGGGAAGGGGAUGCUUGUAGGCGGCAGCAGCAGCAGCGGCGGCGGCGGCGGCGGAAGAGUAGAAGAGGGCCGCGUCGCUCGGGAAAAAGCGCGGAUCCCAUAUACAAUACCACCACCUCUGGAUCGACCAUCUCCGAACUACACCGUGGUGGAUCUGAAAGGUACUCAAGUACAAGUGCGAAACAGAUGGCGAAAGUCGGUGCUAGAUUAUCGUCUAUGGUGCUACAAUACAUCUGACGCACGAUAUGAAUUUGGUCACCCGUAUCGAAGAUGUUGUGCUCUCCCACCAAAAGGUCAUUUCCUAGUGUACAUGCACUACAAAGGGAAGUGGCUUUGUGCUCUAAUUGAAGGUAUUUCUGGAUACCUCAAUGGUUAUAUUACUAGAAGCACAGGGAAGAUUGAUGAUCUUCGUAUUAGGGAGAAUGGAUACCUGGGGGUCACAAAAUCAGAAUUCAUUGAACAUGCAAAAAAGCUGCCCUGGGAUGGUGCAUAUGUGACUGCCCAUCAAGCAAAAUGUGGAGAUAAUGCUCUUCUUAAGUCAUUUCUUAUUCUUCAUCGGUAUGUUGAUGGUCAAGCUCCUAUGCCCUCAGAUGAUGAAGUAAGAGAAGCUGGUGAAGUUAUGAUCUUACACUUUCCAGAAGCCGCUAAGUCCGACAAUCUCUUUCUUGAUAAAAUUCACAAGAACUUCAGGGCAUCACCAGCACAUGUUUUUGGGAAACGACAAAUUGAAAAGGCAAGAUCAUGGAGUAAAACUUGUGGGGAUGUUAAGUCAAUUUUCCAAGGAGAUGGUGCACAAAGUGAAAUUGCAGAAAAAGGUAGAAGAGACCAUGAUGCCACAGAAAAAAGUUCUAAGAAAGAUGUGACAGAAGCAGAAGCAAAGGAGUUUCUUGAAGAGGUACGGCUUAUCCACAGGACUUUUGAUAAGGCAGAGAACCUAUUUCUUCUAAAGGAUAUGCCUGUACAUCUGUCCAUAGAUGGCCCAAUAGAUGUUGCAUGGACUGAAAAUGAGCUAAGAAGGAGUCGUGAACACGGUUUGGAUGAUCCUUCUUGGGGCUUUCUCACAGAACGAUCCCCAAAAUUUCCACCCACUAACAACAACGAACAAAAUCAACCGACUCUGAUUGAGAAUGCUUACAUGACAUUCAGUGAAUGUGAUGAGUACUCCGGCUCACCAGACCAUCAAGAAGAGAUGAAUGAAGAAUCUGUGGGAUAUAAGGUUACUUCUGCAAGAGCUGGUGUACCAUUCUUUUGCCAAACAGCCUCUGAAUUUGAGGAAAUGAGAAUCAUACCCGUGUUUGAAUCUUCGAAAAAAGAUGUGCUGUCGUCCUUUCAACUUGACCCAGAACUUACAGAACCUCAUCGACUUAUAAAACAUGAGAAAUUGGAGCUCUAUUUGCAAGACAAUCCUUUGUGCAGUGAUGUAGACAGUACACUUGACUCUAAAAUGGCUGCAAUUAAGGCUGCAAUAGAAGGUGCUGAAGGACAGGACACCGCACAUAAGGAGUUUGCCAAAUGUCACAUCAUGGGAAAUCACAAGAGGCCAUUGUUACUAUCGAGUGAAUCCAGAAAGCUUAUCGCAUACCAUGAAAGUGGGCAUGCUAUUGUUGCACUCCACACUCAGGGUGCUCAUCCCAUACACCAAGCAACUGUACUUCCACAUGGUCUUUCUCUUGGAAUGGUCACACAAGUCGCUUCACCAGGAAAUACUUCAAUUAGCAAACAAAAAAUCUUGGCCCGCAUUGAUGUUUGUUUUGGUGGAGCAGUUGCUGAAGAGCUGUUGUUUGGGGAGCACACUGUUACAGCUGGGGCGAAAAAUGACCUCUUUACUGCUAAAGAGCUUGCCCAAAAAUUGGUAUUAUACUGUUAGACCAGUGAUACUGUUGAUCGUAUGCAUCUGGAAAAAUGGCCAAGUGUACAAAUGCAGGCCACGAUUAAUGCAGAGGUGUUGAAACUCCUAGGAGAAUCCCGUGAGCGAGUGAAGCGUUUGCUGAAGAAGCAUGAGAUGCAGCUGCAGGCUGUGGCAAAUGCCCUAUUGGAGAAAGAAAUUCUCAAUGCAGAUGAGAUCAUCAAGGUGGUGCAGCCCUACAAAAGAGAACCACAGAUUACCUUCCAAGAUAAGGAGCUUGCAGUUAAUUGGUCGUAACAUUUGCUGCAUAAAAGGGCAGAAGAUACAUUAAGGCGAACAGAUGGUGACUGCUCUUUUUUUUUUGUCCACUUUUCCUUUUUUGUAAUCUGGAUCUCUGCAAUAUGGAUGCAUAUUUUCUUGGUGGCACAUGAAGGUUGUGCUCAAGAAGCUAGCUAGGCGCGCCCUUGAUAAUCUUUAAUUUGGUCUUUAGUUAGAAAGAAACAAUAGAGCUAGGUGCAAGUGCAGCAUCUCAUAUUUCUGAUGCUAGGAUUAUUUCCGCCUGUGUACUGUAAAUCUCUAAUGCAUGGGUCACUCUUGUUCUUUGCACAUUGUUCACAGCAUAUGCUCAGUGCUGUAGUGAGUUCAUGAGGCAGAGUUUGCAAGUGACGCCGGGACUAUUGUCUUUGCCUCCUUAUCUGUAACAUCUCGUCGAUUUCACUUAUUAGGGCAUUAA